AUGAGCUCCACAACAGCUGCCUGCAUCCCCGAGGAGCUGCGUGAGGCCGCAGACGACCUCUCAAACUCGAGCGUGCCUACCGAAAACAGACAGUCAGCAGACACUGCCCCAGCCGCGACCGAGCAGGCUUCCACCGCGCCGCAUGCUACCUCAUCUGUGUUCUCUCGCGACCAGGAUGCGCCAGUUCACGUUGUACCCAUGCGCGUGAUCCACCGCCCACUCCCCUCUGAGCUCGACGAGGCCAAGGUCCUCGCCUUCAUGGACGAGAUGCGGGCAGGUGACGUGUUUACCCCUAUCGAGGUGAUCAAGGUUCGCGCCCCGCUCAAGGCCAACCCUGCGGCGGGUGUACAGACAUUCUACUUUGCAAUGGGCGGCUGUCACCGGUACGAGGCGACCAAGCGACUCAAGCUCGAGUCAAUCCGGGCCCGUAUCAUCGAGGUGCCACCAGCAUCUAUGCGCGUGUACCUCGGUGCCGGUAGCCCGUUCUGA